AUGGCCAAGUACCCUUCAAAACCUCUGCUUCUGGCUCUACUUUGUGCUUUUGCAGCUGCAAGAAUCAACAGUCUUGAUCAAAAUGGUAUUUGCAAAUCACUAGAGGAGACAGAAGGCUAUACUUGCCAGGAUCAUCAAGUAACAACAGAAGAUGGUUACAUCCUCGGGUUGCAGAGGAUUCCAUCUGGAAAGUCAAAUAACAAUUCGACCGCUCAGAAGCUGCCUGUUUUAUUGCAACAUGGGCUUACGAUGGAUGGUGGAGCAUGGCUGCUCAAUCCGCCAGAUCAAGCUUUGGCAUUUAUCUUGGCUGAUAAAGGUUUUGAUGUAUGGCUUGCUAAUGCUCGUGGAACGAAGGCUAGUCGCGGACAUAAUUCACUAAGUACUUAUGAUCCAGUAAAACCUUUGCUUUUACAAAUGGCUUACUGGGAAUGGACAUGGGAUCAAUUGGCUGUUUAUGAUCUUCCGGCUUUCUUCAACUAUGUGAACAAUCAAACUGGACAGAAAGUACACUAUGUUGGCCAUUCAUUGGGAACAUUGUCAGUAUUAGCUGCCUUGUCACAACAAAAGCUGAGUAACACACUAAGAUCAGCUGCUUUGCUUAGCCCAGUUGCUUAUCUAAAUCAGAUCACCACAUUGUUGAUACAAAGUUUCGCUCGAACAUAUGCUGCUAAUGGGCUCUAUGCCACUGGUCCUAACUGCUGCCUUACUCCUACAAGCUCAAAUCUUGUGUUUCAGCAGCAUAUACUACAGCCCACUUCCACAAAAAAUAUGGUGCAUUUGUCUCAAAUGAUCAGGAGAGGAACAAUAACGAUGUUCGAUUACAUUUUCCCGGUCAUUAACCUGCAACGCUACAAUCAGCUUACUCCUCCGGUGUACAACAUGGCAAGCAUUCCGAAAGAUGUUCCUCUUUUCUUCGGCUAUGGAGGGAGAGAUGCACUUUCGGAUGUCAACGAUGUGAAGGCUUUGCUUAAUGACCUGAAAGAUCAUGACAAGGACAAACUUGUGGAACAAUACAUCGAGGAGUAUGCUCAUAUGGAUUUCAUUAUGGCUGGGAAUGCCAAUCAAAAAGUCUAUGAUCCUCUACUCACUUUCUUCGGGCAAAAUUGA